UUAACUCUCUCUCUCUCUCUCUCUCUCUCUCAUAUUUUGAUUUGGGUGAUCGAACAUCAAUGGCGAAGGAGCAGGCAGAAAGUGCAGUGCCGCCGCCUCCACCUUUUUUAGUGAAUGGUCGGAACAAACCUCAAGGAAUGGCCGAAAACCUAAUUGAGCGACAUGCGUUCUGGAUUGAACGAGUCGUAACCUUGUUGGUGUUAUUCUACAGGGUUCCCCCAGGCGUUUGGGACAGCUUCUUGGUUUUAGUCGCCUUCCUUCUUAUUUUCUCCAACUCUCUCUACCUCAUCGCAUUCAUCUCCUCAAGACCACUUCUACCAAUGAUGGCUAAAGAUCGAAAUGAUGCAAAUGCAAUUCAAGUUGCAGUACUUGGAACCGUGAUAUUAGUGAUAGCUACUGGGGUUGGAAUCAUUGAAACUUUAAGAUAUGAGAGCGUUAUGUGGGGCAUGAUUCCAAUGAUAGAGUUCUGGGUUGCAUUAUACGUAGCCGGGGAAUCAUUGAGAGCAAAACACAGAAGGAACAAAAUAAUAGACGAGGAAAAUACCAGACAACAGGAAGCCAAACUUGAUCUUAGCUCGAAAGAAUCAGAGGAAGAAGUGCAAGCAAAUGAUGAAAUGAACAACAAAACAGAUGGGGAAUUUACUGGACAACUGAAAGCUAAACUCGAUGUUGUCCAUGGAUGGGAGGAAGAGAGAAGCCAGCUGAUGUAUGAGCUCGGUGCUGCUAGGGCAUCAUUGGAGAUCUACAGAGAGCUUCUUCAUGAUUUGCAUCUUCAUCAUAAGCCUUAAUAAUUUACUUGCUUAGUUGCUAACUUCCACUUUUUGGCAUUUUCUUGUUCUGUUGAAUUAAACUAAAAUAAACUCUUUCUUCUUUGGGAAGGCAAUAGUACUAGUUAAGUUUUAUUUAAGUUACUUGUAGCUCUUCCUUACAUUUGAGUAAGUUUUUGACAUUCUAUUUAGGGAGAUCAUUUAGUGCUCAUCGGACAUAACAACGUGGAGCCCUAGACCCAUUUUUCACCAUACAUUGGCCGGGUGGAACUUACAUAGUUAUUGUGGACCGACACCAAAUAUGUGGUGCAAAAGUGGCCUCAACAAUACCAUUUUUUGCAUUUUCUUGUUCAGUU